AUGUUGGGACUUCUAUUAACACAAACUGGUGAAUACGCCAAAGCCGAACGAUAUUUCAGAAGACUGAUAAAUGAUACGUUGCCAAACGCCCCUGAUAUGGGUCCGCUUUACAACAAGAUUGAUAGAGUUUACAAUGAUCAAGGCCAACAUUCUCAAGCACUGGCAUAUUACCAGCAAGCUCUUGAAAUCAAACUGAAGAUUUUAAAAUCGAACCUUCCAAGUGUUGCAAAAACAUACAACAAUAUUGGACUAGUUUACAGUAAUGAAGGCGAAUAUUCUCAACCAUGGACAUAUUACCAGCAAGCUCUUGAAAUCAAACUGAAGACUUUGGGAUCAAACCAUCCAAGUGUUGUAACAAUGUACAACAAUAUUGGACUGGUUUAUAAUACUCAAGGCGAGUACUCUCAAGCAUGGACAUAUUACCUGCAAGGUCUGGAAAUCAAACUGAAGAUCUUGGGAUCGAACCUUCGAAGUGUUGCAAAAACAUACAACAAUAUUGGACUAGUUUACAGUAAUGAAGGCGAAUAUUCUCAAGUAUUGACAUAUUAUCAGCAAGCUCUUGAAAUCCAAUCGAAAGCUUUGGGAUCGAACCAUCGAAAUGUUGCGAAAAGAUACAACACUAUUGAACUAGUUUACAUCUGA